AUGGAUCCGGCGGGCACGCCACUCGGUAAAAUGCUCUUGGAGGAGAUCACUCCGGUGGUCAUGGUGCUCCGCACGCCUUCCGUCGAAGAAGCCUGCGUUAAGAACGGCCUUUCCUUCGUCGAAAUGCUGAGCCCCUUCUGCAACUUCAGCAAUAUCGAUGUUCCAUUGCGCACGUCGAGUGAUCAGCCUUACAGGUUGCACAAGUUCAAGCUGAGGCUGUUUUAUGAGUCGGAUGUUCGUCAGCCAAAUAUUGAGGUAGCAAAGGAGCGAUUGAAGCAGGUAAUCACCAAGGCUGGGGAGAAAGAGAAUUUGGAGUUGAUAUCUGACCCACCUCAAGUCAGUAAUUUACUUGAUAGCUCUAAAUCUGAACUUUUACCCUCAUGGUUUGAAUACCUUAACAAGGAGCUCAUACGUACAGCCUCCUUUUCAGAGCAUGAAACCUUUGACCACCCUGUGGGAUGUCUUUUAGUUGUGUCAUCAAAGGAUGAGCAGCCUAUUAACAGAUUUAUUGACCACUUCAACACUAACAAGUUACCCUCGCUUCUAAAUGAUGGUGCAAUGGAUCCGAAGAUCUUGAAGCAUUAUUUAUUGGUGCAUGACAAUCAUGAUGGGUCUUCAGAAAAGGCUUCAAAAAUCCUGUCAGAAAUGAAAAGUACAUUUGGUACAAAUGAGUGCCACUUACUUUGCAUUAAUUCUUCACAAGAUGCAAAAAUGGAACAUCAAGAUGAUCCUUGGGCUUCUUAUAAAUAUGAUGGUUCCCCUGUUCAGCGCCUCGGUUGUUGCCUCGAUGUUGAUGAUAUUAGUGCGUUAAAAGAUCUGAUGCAUGAAUUUUCAUCUAAACAUGUGAUCCCAUAUAUGGAGCAAAAAGUUCGUAUACUAAAUCAACAGGUAUCUGCUACAAGAAGGGGUUUUAGAAACCAAAUCAAGAACUUGUGGUGGAGAAAAGGAAAAGAUGACCCAAAUGAAAUGCCUAGUGGUUCCAUGUAUACCUUUAGCUCUAUUGAGUCGCAGAUUAGAGUUCUGGGGGACCAUGCUUUCAUGUUGCAUGAUUAUGAACUUGCAUUAGCCAACUAUCGCCUUAUAUCAACAGAUUAUAAACUUGACAAGGCUUGGAAGCGCUAUGCUGGAGUACAGGAAAUGAUGGCACUUGCAUACUUCCUUCUAGAUCAAUCAAGGAAGGAGGCGGAGUAUUGUAUGGAAAAUGCAUUUAACACUUAUCUGAAACUUGGGUCUUCAGGUCAGCAAAAUGCAACACGUUGUGGUCUUUGGUGGAUAGAAAUGUUAAAGACAAGAGAUCAGUAUAAAGAGGCGGCCUCAGUUUAUUUCCGCAUCUGUAGUGAGGAACUGCUACAUUCAGCCGUUAUGCUUGAGCAAGCAUCAUACUGCUACCUGUUCUCUAAGCCACCCAUGCUGUACAAAUAUGGAUUUCAUCUUGUGCUUUCUGGUGAUCGCUAUAGGAAAACUGAUCAGAUUAAACAUGCAAUUCGCACAUACAGAAGUGCUCUCUCUGUUUAUAGGGAAACCACUUGGAGCUACAUCAGAGAUCAUGUUCAUUUCCAUAUCGGGCAGUGGUAUGCUCUUCUUGGUUUCCAUGAUGUGGCUGUGAGACACAUGUUGCAAGUCCUGGCAUGUAGUCAUCAGUCUAAAGCAACUCAGGAGCUAUUCCUGCGGGACUUUCUCCAAAUCUUUCAGGGAGCAGGGAAGACAUUUGAGGUUCCAGGGCUUCAAUUGCCUGUGAUUGACAUCUCAUCGCUUAAGGUUGUUUUUGAGGACCAGCGGACCUAUGCAUCCUCUCUUGCGGCUAGUGUCAGGGAAAGUUUGUGGCGUUCAUUAGAGGAGGAUUUGAUUCCUUCAUUGCCUGGUGCUAGGACUAACUGGCUGGAUGUGCAGACAAAGCUUAUGCCUAAGAGACUCAGAGAAUCAAAUGUCUGUGUGGCUGGAGAGGCAAUAAAGGUGGUUGUUGAAUUUAAGAACCCACUGCAGGUCCCUAUCCCUAUUUCUAAUGUGUCUUUAAUAUGCGAGCUUUCAAGAUCAGAGGAAGAGAUAUCUGACACGAAUGCUUCGACCUCUGAACUUGCAAAUGAUGAAGACCAUCAAAGGGUUGUGAGCUCUGACAGUGGAUCAGUUAUUUUGUCUGAAUUUGAUUUCUCACUAGGAGGUGGUGAGAAGAAGUUGGUGGAGUUGACAGUUACUCCUAAACUGGAAGGCACGCUAAAACUUGUUGGUGUCAGAUGGAAAUUUUCAGGUUGUGUUGGUUUUUACACUUUUGAGUCCAUACUUUUGGUGAAGAAAAUCGCAAGGGGAAAGAGAAAGGCGAAGGCGAAGCAAUCACCUCUCAAUGACCUUAAGUUUGUAGUUAUCAAGCCAGUACCAAAGCUCGAGGGUCACAUUCGUUCUUUUCCAGAAAAGGCAUAUGCUGGACAUAUACAGCCUCUUAUUUUGGAGUUGAAGAACCAAUCAAACUGCUCUAUAAAGAAUCUCAAGAUGAAGAUAAGUCAUCCUAGAUUCCUUAGUAUUGGGAAUAAAGAAGUUCCGCAUGUUGACUUUCGUGCUUGCUUAGAGAAGCAGUCAGACAACAAACAAGGUGGCACACGUGCUAAUCUAAAGAAGGCGUCUCAAGGUGUUUUCCUGUUUCCUGAGGAUGUUGCAAUAAAGGGGGACAAGCCAUUAUUAUGGCCCCUUUGGCUUCGUGCUGCUGUUCCUGAAAAUUUCCUGCUAUACAUAAUUAUAUACUAUGAGAUGGAGGAUGCAUCUAGUGUGAUGAAGUACCGCACUCUGCGGUUGCACUAUAAUUUGCAGGUGUUGCCAUCAUUGGAUGUUUCAUUUAAAAUCAGUCCUUGCCCUUCAAGAUUGCAAGAGUUCCUUGUGCGGAUGGAUGUUGUCAAUAAAGCUAGUUCGCAGAGUUUCCAGGUCAGCCAGCUUUCUACCGUUGGAGACAACUGGGGAAUUUCAAGGCUUCAACCAAUAGACGGAAUCAUACCUUCACAAUCUUUAACUGUUGGCCAGGCAUUCUCAUUUUUCUUUAUGCUCAAGAGUCGUAGGCUGUCAUCGGUGGAUGCGGCAACUCAUGUCCCAGAUCUCUCUCCUGAUGUUGACAAUGAUGUCAUAUUGUGCCCUGGGAGCGUGAAAGAGCCCCUUGUUAACGCAACCCACUCACCUCUUGCCAAUUUCCAUGAUUCAGAAAGAUUACAACAUGGGAUCCAUAAUCAGAAAGAUGACAAUACAGUGGACUUCGUCUUGAUUUCUCGGCCGCUGAAAUCUGAUACAAAUUCAGAAGAAGAUUCUGAUCAACCUCAACUCUUCUCCCAUCACGCGUGUUACUGCAGAACUGCAAGCACAAGCCCGAUAUCUUGGACAAUGAUUGGACCUCGGACCAAAUACCACAACUUCUCAUCUUCGUUCUGUGAAAUAAAUCUGAAGAUGACCAUCCACAAUUCGUCAGAUGCCAUUGCAUCCAUAAGCAUCAGCACGGCCGAUUCUGCAGGCCAGUCAGAUGCACUACCUUCUCAAGGUGGAUGGAAGCCUGUGGUUAAAGAAAUUAAGGCUGCUUCGCCUAAAGCUGCUGGAAUCAUAGCAGGGAACUCGCCAGAGUCGUUGUCGUCAUUGAAACCUGUCGCCUCUCCGGUCUCUUCGUUUAUCUGGUCUGGCUCAAGUUCUAGUAACUUCCAGCUCGGCCCCAGGUCCUCCACUGAUAUUCCCAUGCAGAUCUGUGUCUUCUCCCCUGGCACAUAUGAUCUGUCGAGCUAUGUGUUGAAUUGGAAUCUGAGACAGGAUGACGGCGGCUGCGAUCAGUUGGAAGCAAAGGAAAGUAACCCUGAAGAGACGAGGAAACUAUCGGGAACUUGCUCAGGGUAUCCCUACUUCCUGACGGUUCUUCAAUCUGUCUAG